AUAAAAUGGAUGAAACGGUAAAGGACAACAAAGGAGAAUGUGGUAUCAAGGAGCAAUCAGAUGAGGUGACUGUUUUUUGCCCAACGCUACCAAAAACUGAGGAAAACACGAAGGAGUGUGAUGUGAAGGGAGAAGACGACGCGAUUAUUUGGCGACCAACGCUAACAAAAACUGUGGACAACACUGAGGAGUGUGAGGUGAAGGGAGAGGACGACGUGAUUACUUUGCGACCAACGCUAACAAAAACUGAGGAAAACAUGGAGGAGUGUGAUGUGAAGGGAGAAGACGACGCGAUUAAUAUGCGACCAACGCUAACAAAAACUGAGGAGAACACUGAGGAGUGUGAGGUGAAGGGAGAAGACGACGCGAUUAAUUUGCGAGCAACGCUAACAAAAACUGAGGAAAACACGGAGGAGUGUGAUGUGAAGGGAGAAGACGACGCGAUUAAUAUGCGACCAACGCUAACAAAAACUGAGGAGAACACUGAGGAGUGUGAGGUGAAGGGAGAAGACGACGCGAUUAAUUUGCGAGCAACGCUAACAAAAACUGAGGAAAACACGGAGGAGUGUGAUGUGAAGGGAGAAGACGACGCGAUUACUUUGCGACCAACGCUAACAAAAACUGAGGAAAACAUGGAGGAGUGUGAUGUGAAGGGAGAAGACGACGCGAUUACUUUGCGACCAACGCUAACAAAAACUGAGGACAACACUGAGGAGUGUGAAGUGAAGGGAGAAGACGACGCGGUUAAUUUGCGACCAACGCUAACAAAAACCGAAGACAACACGGAGAAGUGUGAUAAGAAGGUAGGACAAGACGACGCGAUUAUUUGGCGCCCAACAGUAAUAAAAACUGAGGAAAACACGGAGACGUGUGAUAAGAAGGUAGGACAAGACGACGCGAUUAUUUUGCGCCCAACACUAAUAAAAAGUGAAGACAACACGGAGGAAGGUGAUGUGAAGGGAGAAGACGACGCGAUUAUUUUUCGCCCAACGCUAACAAAAACUGCGGACAAAACGGAGAUGUGUGAUAAGAAGGUAGGACAAGAUGACGCGAUUAUUUGGCGCCCAACAGUAAUAAAAACUGAGGAAAACACGGAGGAGGGUGAUGUGAAGGGAGUAGACGACGCGAUUACUUCGCUGCCAACUCUAUCAAAAACUAAAGACAACACGGAGGAGUGUAGUAAAAAUGGGGAACAAGUUGAUGUGAAUAUUUUGCGACCAAAGCUAAGAAGAAAGAAAACACAUGAAAAAUCUAAGGACAGCACAGAUUGUGGUAAAAAUGGAAAACAAGUUGAUGCAGUUAAUUUGCGACCAAAGCUAAGAAGAAAGAAAGACAUGAAAUAGCUAAGGACAACACGAAGAAGUGUGGUAAAAAUGGGGGACAGGAUGAUGCGGUUAUUUUGCGACCAAAUCUAAGAAGAAAGAAAAGGGUUGAAAUGGCUAAGGACAACACGGAGGACUGUAGUAAAAAGGGGGAUCAAGAUGAGGCUAUUUAUCCGCAGCCAACGCUAAAAAGAAAGAAAAGCGAUGAAAUAGUUAAGGACAACACAGGGGAGCGUGUAAACAGUAACACGCUGGAACAAGAUGAAAAUGAUGAGGCGACAGAUUUUGAGGAAUCGUCUGAUGAAAGUGUCAUGUCCAGUGUGGAUUCCAUAGAAGAGCAGAUGUUCCUCGAUGGUCUGGAUCCCCUCUUGGAUCGGUUCUCGGAUGCCUCUGAUCAGGACUGGUAUCCAUAUUGCAAUCCACAAAAAAAGAAGAGGAGUUCCAGAAUGUAUUCUGUCAAAUGUGGCGGAAAGAAAGGUGGGAAAAGCAGCACGAAUCAAGCCCUACCUUUGUCCUCAGAACAGAAG